AUGAUCUACAUCAGUCAAAGCUACUUUGGUAUUCCAAAGACGAUUCGCAUCAACAGUCAGUAUGUCGUUCUUGGUCGAAACUUGACCCAGCGUGACCUCGCAAUUAUUUGUCGUGAUCUUCCAAGCGAUAUGCCAGUCAGAGAAUUCAUUGAUCUCUACAAGCGAAUCACAAGCAAAAAAAUGUCUACCAUGAUGAUCGAGAGAAAGAUUUACCAAAACAAGCUCAACGUAAUUUCAUUGUUGGUUCCUUGCAUUGGACAGUAA